AUGCUGUAUUCAGACGAACUGGGACUGCCCAAAACCAAUCAUGCGCUUUGGAGGCUCAGGGUUGACAAUUUAGGUAGUGAAAAGUGGGAAUAUUUGACUGAAGAAGCUGCGGAACUCGAUGAACAGUCCUCUUAUGCCAAACAUCUUCUGAGAAAUCCCGACUUUCAGGAGCCAGAACCUAUCAAAAAAGAGGAAUCGAGCGCUUAUGAGGCGGCUGUACAAGGUGCCCGCUUUUUUUCGCUGCUCCAAGACCCAAAAUCGGGCAUCUUUCCUUGUCAGUACAAAGGACCCAUGUUUUUGACCGUGGGCUACGUGGGAACCAUGUACUGUGCCGGUAUACCAAUUCCGGAUCCUGUGAGAAUUGAACUGCUGCGGUACAUAGUCAAUUGCGCUCAUCCAGUCGACGGCGGAUGGGGUCUCCACGAGGUGGACAAAUCUACUGCCUUCGGAACGGCCAUCAACUAUGUCCUUCUGAGACUCCUAGGUCUUCCAGCAGACCACAUAGUGUGCCAGAGGGCUCGCAAGACUUUGCACCGCUUAGGUGGUGCCGUCGGUGCUCCUCACUGGGGAAAAUCCUGGCUUUCAAUAUUAAAUUUAUACAAGUGGGAAGGGGUCAAUCCUGUGCCCCCCGAGCUUUGGCUACUGCCUUAUGCGCUCCCAAUCCACCCUGGAAAAUGGUGGGUUCACACAAGGGCAGUGUUUCUAGCGCUUGGAUACCUAGCAUCGGUGCAGUACUCGUGCACGCUGACGCCACUUCUGCAGGAAAUACGAGGCGAGAUCUACCUACAAGAUUUCGACUCCAUUGAUUUCUGUCAACACCGCAAUACCGUGUGCAAUGUUGACUUGUACUAUCCCCACACCAAAUUCUUGGACUUGGCGAAUAGUGUUCUGACCUUUUACGGGAAGUAUCUGAGGCCCAGCUUUGUCGCGAAAUACAGCAACCAAAGAGCCUAUGACCUGAUAAAGAAGGAAAUUCAGAAUACUGAUUACCUGUGCAUUGCUCCCGUAAAUAUGGCAUUUUGUGCUGUCGUCACUUUGGCGGAAGAGGGACGCGACUCUUAUGAGUUUAAUCGCUUUGUACAAGGUUUCAAUGAAGUCUUGUUUAUGGGGCCCAACGGCAUGACCGUUAUGGGAACGAAUGGUGCUCAGACGUGGGAUUGUGCGUUUGCAAUUCAGUACUACUUCAUAGCCGGACUGGCAGAAAAUCCAGAGUUCCAUUCGACUAUUGAGGCUGCAUACAAAUUUCUUUGUAGGACACAGUUCGAUACGGAAUGUGUACCUGGAAGUUAUCGCGAUAGCAGGGUUGGCGGAUGGCCGUUCUCUACUAAGACUCAAGGGUACACUGUAUCUGACUGUACAGCAGAAGCCCUCAAAGCUAUUAUUAUGGUCAAGAACUCCGCUGCGUUCCAAGAUCUAAAGAAUGAGAUUUCAGAUAAAAGACUUGCAAAAGCCAUUGAUGUUCUUCUAAGUCUUCAAAACACUGGAUCAUUCGAAUAUGGAUCCUUUGCUACCUACGAGAAAAUAAGAGCAACGACAGCUAUGGAAAAGCUCAAUCCUGCCGAGGUCUUUGGAAACAUCAUGGUAGAGUUUCCAUAUGUGGAAUGUACAGACUCGUCGAUUUUGGGAUUGACCUACUUCACAAAAUACUACACCUAUCGUAAGAGCGAAAUAGAGCAUGCCAUUAACAUUGCGAUUAGAUAUAUCAAAAAUGCACAGAGGGAAGAUGGAAGCUGGUACGGAUGCUGGGGAAUCUGCUUCACCUAUGCAGGCAUGUUUGCAUUGGAGGCCUUCAGCACUGUUGGAGAGAAUUACCUCAACUCAAGUAAUGCAAAGAGGGCCUGCGACUUUUUAGUCUCCAAACAAAGAGCAGAUGGUGGAUGGAGUGAGUCUAUGAAGUCCAGCGAGCUUCACACUUACGUGGAGGCAGAAAAAUCUUUGGUCGUUCAAACUGCAUGGGCCCUGGUUGGUUUACUACUAGCAGAAUACCCCGAUCGGACAGUCAUUGAUAAAGGUAUCAAGUUCUUGAAAGACAAACAGUCUGCCACUGGUGAAUGGUUUUUCGACGCACCCGAGGGUGUCUUCAACCAUUCAUGUGCCAUUGAAUACGCCAGUUAUAAAUUUUUGUUUCCCAUCAAAGCCCUGGGUUUGUAUGCUAAAAGGUAUGAGAAUAAGUAG